GACUCUUCUUCCCAUCGUUCUCUCCAUUGCCUUGGGCACAGGCGUUUCGUAUCCCACCUUGGUCUUCAAUAUUCAAUGGCGAAGAACGGGCUAGGCCGAAGCUUGUAUGCUGCAUACGUGGUGAUAAGGGGCAGAACGCCAGGGGUUUACGAUACGUGGAAGGACUGCAAGCCUAACGUCGACAAAUUUCCCGGGGCCAGCUUUAAAGGGUUUGUCAGUAGGGUGGAGGCGGAGAAUGCAUUCCAAGACGCACAGAGAGAAGGUUUUAUAAGCUCUCGGGGGGAUCUCGCAAAAUCUACAAACCCUUGGCGGGACCAAUCUAUCACUCAGAAGGGCAAAUACUACGUUGUAUUUGUGGGCAUCCGCCCAGGGAUCUACGACAACUGGUCUGAUUGUCGGUUGAACUCCGCUGGCUGUUCAGGAGCACGGUACAAAAGCUUCAAAAGUAAGGGGGAAGCUGAGAGAGCGUUUGCGGAUGCAAAAGCAAAAAAUGAAGUACUGGAAAAGGCUCGAAAGCCUGACUCGAGCUGCUCCGAACACGACACUCAGAGGCGGUGACAAGCAGGAGACAUCAAUGGUAUCGGAGCGCGAUUAGGGAGUGAAUGUGAAGGCGUUGAAGAGAGCACACUCUGGGCGCGAGUGAGACUCAGUUGGAGCUCAGUAUUUCGCGUCUGAGAAUCUAGCCGAAUUCCUGUGCGGCUCACUUGUCGGUGAGAUGAUCAGAUGGUCUGCAGGGAGUUGUAGCGCGUUGUAACUGUUCGGAAAGUCAGUCAGCUAUAGGCUUUAUUUAUUGUCAUGAAUGUGCAC